UGUCCACCUGCGUUCGUCUUCCAUCCUUCUCUCUACAACCAUGCAAGAGAAAGACGUUUGCAUAUCCAGUCUGAAGGCAGCUGUGUGCCUCCUGGUCGGGACCUUUAACAAAUAUGCCGGCACUGAUGGAUGUGCUGAGUCCUUGAACUUUGCUGAGUUCAAGGCAUUGGUGCAGAAUGAACUGCCUGAGCUGCUCGAGAUGUCUGCAUUGGAUGGAGCAGUCUGCCUGAUGGUUAUGACCUUUCAGAAACACCUUAAAGAAGGGGACAGUCUCACCAAGUGUCAGGCCAAGCAACUGAUCAUGGAGGAGAUGCCAGGACUCAUCCAGGCGUUAGAGUGUCAAGGAGGGUUUGAGGCAAAUUUCAAUAAAUUGGAUUUGAACGACGACGGUAAAAUCUCCUUCUCUGAGUUCGCCAUGAUGGUGGGCGGCAUGGCCUGUGCCUGCAAUAAGGAGCUCACCCGCAUGAACCAGCAACAACAGCUCUAAAACUGAAGGAGGACAACCGCACCCUGGGGUGGAGGCGGAUGGCGCCUGCAGAGACAACAUCCCUGCAGUGGCUUCUUUGUUCACUAGAUAAAUAAAGUUAAUACUCAUCAUUUUAA